AUGGCCUCGACAUCGCCGGUGGAGGAAAUGAUUGACCAGGAGGACUGGAGUCACAUCUCCGAACCGGCCUUGCGCAAACGCAUUCAGAACCGCAAUUCACAACGCAAGCUACGCGCAAAGCGCAAAUUGCAGAACCAGCCGAUCUCAUUUGACAUCAUGAGGUCCACGUCAGCUUCCGAGAUAGACCUGGACUUUUCGGGAGCGCCUGUGGCAGACGACUUCCUCUUAGACGGGCUCAUUGACCCCCUCAACCCGCUGUCUCCCUCACUAGAUCUCGACUUGAUGACGCCACAGCUGGAUGUCCACAACUCUUCCACCCUCGACCUCAGUGCGCUAGAAAGCCCCUCCUGGCCCGAAGGCCCCGAUCACGAAUACUUGGCUGCUGGGUCGGGAAGGAUCGACGAAGGGGCCUUGAUACUGGACCCUGCUCUGGUCUCCGAUGUCUCCACUCCUGGUCCCGGGGUAGCCACGAGUAUUGUGGGAGCCUCCACUCAAUCCAGCAAUGACAUCCACAUCUAUAUCCACCAUGACUGUCCAACUCCCGUGCUUCCGGAUACCGCCGAUCAGCUGCCGCUGCCGCCGUCGCCGGCCCGUCGAUCCCGCUGGAGCAGCCGCAUUUUUCACAUCCACAGUAACAACACCAACACCAACACCAACACCAACACCAACAACGCGGGCAGAGGUGAGAGCAGCUGUUCGGCCGCCCGGAAUAAACGCCGGGCCGCCCCGGCCCCACCACCGCCGGGGCCUACAGCCCAUUUCCGGGGCAUAUGCCACCAUUGCGGAUCCCUGACGGGGCUGGGGACGGGGCCGGGGCAGCCCGACUCGCCCUAUCCCAGCAGCCACAGCCACAGUCACAGUCACAGUCACAGUCACAGGUCGGUACACAUCGCUUAG